AUAAUAAUUAUUUUUUUUUUUUUUUUUUUUUUUUUUUUUUUUUUUUUUGUGGUGUUGUAAUCAAAAUCGUGACAAUUUUGGGGUGUUAUUUUCUAAUUUAUCCAAAAAAUUAUUUAGUUUAAGAAUGUAAUAAACUUUGUAACUCUCAUUUUAAAAUUUGAAAAUCAAAUAACUCUUUACUGUUCGUUUUUCACAAGUAAAUUUCUGAUGUAUUUCUAAUUGUCUUAUCUCAUGUAAGGAGGUAGUUUAUAGCUUCAAAGGAAGUGUCAAUUAUUUACUUGCUUUUGACAUGACUUUUGUUGCUUCUUUCUUUAAUUCAUGUUUAUAAGGUACUUGUUAGCAUAAUUAUUAGGGAUUGGUUGCUUGUAACUUUGUUUUAGAAUAAAUGAAAGUAAGUAAUUUUUGUUAAUUGAUGUCUUGAUGAUGAUAUUCAAUGUGUAAUAUUUUUCUUUGAUAGCCAUUUCCGUCCAUUUGGAGCAACAAUGCUGUUUAUUGUAUCUUCUUAUCGUUUGUGUGUCUGUAGAUAAAAGAUACAUGAACUGGAACCUUAAGGUUGAAAGCGUACAUGGAAACAGAGCUCCACUGCCAUUUGUUAAAAGUGUUGAGGUCUCCUUUGUUGACAGACAAGAUCUGAAAGCUGCUGUGUUAGACAAGCAGCCAUUUGUGCUGAAAAGGAGGUUUGUGAGAAUUGUGGAACCAUUUGAACUGGUAUUGAAAAUCAACUUCAUUGAUGCCUGCCGUUGUCGCUAUGCACAGAUUAAAAUUCCCGUCAAUUUCAAAGUUUCAAGGAAAUGUCCCCAAUAUGACAAGGAAGCAAUAUAUCAAAAUUUAAGAGAGGCAGCUGUGCAAGAUUCUCGCUGUGGGCAGUAUGAGGUUAUUCAAAGAAAGGCAAACUUAUCCCCAAAAUACGACAUUACAGUGUAUGCUAUUGUGACCAACAUUGCAACCUAUGAUAAAGCUGUGGCCAAAGCAUCAUCUGAAGGAGUCGUGUGUAAUGGAGAUGCGAAAAUAAAGAGCGAAAGCUUGAUGUGUAACAGCUCAGAAACUGAUAACAAACCACUGAGAUUUCUCAAAAGGAAACACAGGCUUACUCACAGUCCCAAAACUGCUAACAAGCAACUGAGACUUCUUCAACCGAAAAGUAGGCUUUAAACUUCUGU